GCGGGCCAGCUGGCAUCGCACUCGCGAGCACUCUCGCCAAAUCACCCAAGAAGCCGCGCGUGCUGCUGAUCGAAGCCGGCAGCGCGAACGAGGACCGCGAUGCGCGCGUCGACGGGCAGCGGUGGUUCACCUUCAAGCGGGAGGACAUGAACUGGGGGUACAAGACGGCGCCGCAAGAGGACUGCAGGGGGCGGGAGAUUGACUACUCCCGCGGCCUGGGGAUCGGCGGCUCGACCUCGAUCAACUUCAGCAUCUUCACCGUCGGCGCGAGCGGCGACUACGACGAGUGGGCGCGCGUCACCGGGGACGAGGCUUUCGACUGGAAAAACAUGCAGCGGCGGUACAAGAGCCUGGAGUCGCUGGAUCCCACACCCCCGCCGGGUGUCGGUGCUAAUGACUACGUUGGAGUAUUUUGAGAAGGCGGGGUUCCCGUUGAACCCGGACCACAAUUCCGGAAACCCGAUCGGCAUAGGCCUUGCUGUGAAUUCGUCGAACAGGGGGCUCCGGUCGACGGCUAAGGACCUGCUGGCGUCCGCGCCUAAUAAUCUGACUGUUCUCACUGGGUCUCCGGUACAGCGGGUUGUGCUGGAAGGCAAGAAGGCGGUUGGCGUUGAAUCCAACGGCAAGAAAUACCUAGCAUCCAAAGAAGUGAUCCUCUCCGCAGGCUCCCUCGAUACACCCAAGAUCCUCAUGCACUCUGGCAUUGGGCCCAAGGCGCAACUAGACCAACACCGUAUCCCCGUGGUCCAGGACACCCCAGCGAUUGGCCAAGGCCUGCGCGAUCACCUUUUGCUUCCCCUCAUACACGCGCGGCCAGAAGGAUCAGUCGAGCGCGCGGCAUUCUACCAAGACCCCUCCGCCAUGGCCAGCGCAUUCGAGCAAUGGAAAAAGGACGGCACAGGCCCCUGGACCAAGUUCGCGUGCGCGAUGCCGACCGGGUGGUUCAAGCUGCCCUCCCUCGUCGCCUCGGCGGAAUUCCAAGCCCUGCCCGUGUCAGAGCAGGAGUACCUGAACCACCCGACAGUGCCGCACUACGAGAUCAUGACGCACCUGCCGAUCCACUACAUCGUGCCGGGGUUCCCCGUGCCGAGCAUGAGCUACAUGUGCAUCCUGGUGUUCCUGUACAACGCGCAGGCGCGCGGGGUCGUGACGCUGCAGUCGGCGGACCCGGCUGUGCCGCUGCGGUUCGACCCCAAGUUCCUCGGCACGCCGUUUGAUCGGCGCGUCGCGAUCGAGGCGCUGCGGGACGCGGACCGCGUGGUGAGGGACCCGGAGGGGUAUGCGCGGGACACGCUGGCGACGGUAGCGGGGCCCGCGGGCGACACGGAUGAGGACUACCUCGAGUAUUGGCGGAACAAUGUGGUGUCCAGCUGGCAUAUGACGGGCACGGCCAAGAUGGGGAAGACGGAGGCUGAGGAUGUGGUGGUGGAUAACAGGUUCCGGGUUUUUGGGUUCGAGGGACUAAGGGUGGCGGAUAUGAGUGUGGUUCCGGUGCUGGCGAGUGGUCAUUUGCAGGCUGUGGCGUACCUUACGGGGUUGACGUGCGCCGAGAAGCUGAUUGCUGAGUAUGGCCUAGCUUGAAUAGUAUACAUAGUAUGAGUAUCAUGUGUUGAGGCAUAUUCUACACACUGAUAGGUAUCUAUGUCAGUUAGUUUCCAUGACCAACUCCAAUAGAUUCAUCAUAAAUAACGUGUUUUGGUAGGUAUGAUAAGAAUGUUAGGCAUCCGGAGUUGUGUAUGUCCGAAACAGAAGCUGUAAACAGAACUAGGCAUGAGUUAUAUCAUUCCAAGUUUAUAUUCUUACCACGUCUCCAUGCCCCUUAAAUGGUGAUAAAAGGGGGUGGGUAGGUAGGCAUGCCUUUCGACGGCAUAUAAGAUGGAGGUGUGCUUAGCAAAUUGAUAGGCUCUUUCUUGGAUGGUUAUGAAAUCGUACCAUCCAACGUCAAAUACCCCUCAGAUUGAUUGUCUUGGGUGAUGUAGUCCCAGCCUACCUAGGUAGGUCUUCACAACACGCAGUUCAAUCAUUUACCCAUUGAUCAGAAAAUUUAUCGGUAUAUACCGGCUUGUUUGUGAUGAAAAGGUGAAAUUCCGCGCCGGGAUCUCUUCCUGGUCUGCCGCGAUCAUAUGCACAUCAUAUAGGAGGGACAUGCAUAUGUAUUAGAGCCAGGGCGACGUUGUUGUAUUUUGCCGAGGAGUUCGGAAUCACCCGCCAAGAAGCUCGACACAUAUAUAAAUCGG